UGUAGCCUCGGCAGUUGUCUGUAGUGAGACGUUGAGUGCAUCACAACACCUCCGUACUGGAAGUUUAGAGUGUGUUUUGUUUUAGUGAGGUAGACGACAACCCAAUAACCCCAAGAUGGUGGGCACGAAAACAACCAAGACCGUGACUGUGCAGAAGCGUGGCACCUUUGGCGACGACCCCUUCUUUAAGGACUCAUGGCAGGAGUGGGACCAAGCCAUGAAGAACGUGGUUGACCGCUGGGAGAACACCGGCACCGGCACCACUACCACUACCACCACCACCUCUCAGCCUGAGACCCGUUCAGUCUACCGUCAGAUUCGCUCCUCUAAUGUCACCUCCGACGACUCUCAAGCCGUGUCGUGCACAGAGGAGGACAACAAGUACAAGAUGAUGAUUGACGUGAAAGACUUCAAACCCGAGGACAUCAACGUGAAGAUUGUGGACGACACUGUGGUGGUGGAAGGCAAGAUAGAGAAGAAGGAAGGCAACGCCGUAUCCACCCAGAUGUUCACUCGUCGGUUCAUGCUGCCUCCCUCUGUGGAACUCAACGCCGUGUCUUCCGCGUUGUCCCGUGACGGUGUGCUCACUGUCAAUGCCCCAAAGUUGGCCAAUCAGGUUACCUCCGGCCAGCGUAGCAUCCCCAUCACCGGCGGCCAGAAGAACGGAUCCACCACCUUCACCACCAGGACCGCCGUGCCCGACAAUGACAACGGGUCUGAUAGGCGUUACCUGUCCCACACUCCUCUGCACGCCGAUGAGAAGACACAUGAUGCUCGGGGCACCACUCACACGCCACUCAACACGGAGGUGGUGGAACACUCCUCUCGUGACCACUGGACCUCCUUUAACGAAAUGGUAGAAAAGUCUCAGCGAGAAAUGGAAGACAUGAUGCGUCGCCACUCUGUAAAGUCAGGCAUGGAUCAACCAACAUCGCCGCCAUCGAUUUCAACAACUGUGGACAUCUCCACUCCAUCCAGCGCCCUGGUUCGGCCGCCUGCAGGAGUGUCCACUAGCCGCGACGUUAUCACCUCUGGCAAGAACGUCACAGAGCGUCAAGAGCAACGCUGGGAGGACAAACCAGCGCCAGGCGUCACACGCACCAACCGUGUCCUGAGCGAAAACACAAAUCUGAAGGGGGCGGACGGCUCGGUGGUGGGCAACAAGAAGCGAAACGAACAGGAGAGCCACGCUGAGGGCUCCAACGAGGAGGUCCUCCCUGACGGCACCAAGAAACGAACCUUCACCAAAAAUUACGAGACGCGCAAGGUAUACAGCUUUAACACGAGCGACCCCAAGGCUUUGUGAACGCCCUAACCUGGACUACUGGAAUGUGAUCUCUGGAUGUAUAUGUAUUCUACAUGUAGAGGCUCCACCAGUGCGUCUGCUGUCGCCCUGGUGUGGCCCAGUAUGUGCACUACAGUGUGGUCAGCGUGCACGGGAGAGGGUGUGGCUGGUGCUCACACUCUGGUCCCCAACUCAUUGAUAUUGUCGGCUUCCUGGCUCUCUUGCUCCCACUACCAACAAGCACUUAAUUUAUUUGUUGCCUCUGGCAUAUUUACCAUUUUGCAAAGAUCAUAUUCAACUAUGUUAUGCUUCCGACCUGUUUGUAUAGAAGAAUUGAAUGGAAUAAGUUGUAAAUUGCUAAUCUGCCCAUUAACACUUACAUGUACAUUGUGUAUUAAAUUCUAUACGUUAUUUUUAUAUAAAAUAAAAUAUUAUCUAAAUUAGACUUAAA